AUGAGGAGUAGAAUGAGUUUAUUUGUUGCUGGGUUAUCUCGUCAGUCAAGCAAGGAAGGCAAGGCAGCUAUGCUGAUAGGAGAUAUGGACCUAGCAAGGCUUAGGAUCCAUGUACAACAAGUUGAGGAGGAUAAGAUGAAGGAUAGAAAAAAGUUUAAGAAUAAGAGGGCUAAGACAUCAGUGAACGUUUUUAGGCAGCAAAAGAGUAGUGCAAACCGGAACCACUCAUGGAUGUAUCGUGAUGGCUUCACUGAUUGUUUCAAGUGUGGUCAGAAUGGUUAUUUUAGGAGGGAGUGUUCUGAGAACAGGCAGAGUAAUGGUAAAGAGGGUAAUAAAGCCCAGUCUUCUUCAGUUGCUUCACCAGACAGAGUUGCACCUAGAGGAGCUACUUAA